GCAACGACGACGUCCACUGAGCCAGGAGGAGAGGAGAGGAUUGGAUUGAAUCGAUUAUUGAGGUGCAAACCCCCCUCGGACUAUUUCGCCAUGUCGUCUAAAACGCUCUCUUCCGUCCUACGGAGCGGAGCCUCCAUCCUCAAACCGCGUCAAUCCCAACCCAUAGGCGCAGUCUCGUGUCCCAGCCCAGUUCAAAAGCGAUUCUACACGCCCAACCACGACGACCCCUCCACCACCACCUCCUCCCCCUCCCAGAACGACCUCCCCAACAUUAAGCUCCACGCCCUCCUCAACUCCAUCCCCCUCUCCCAAAAAAUCCGCUACGUCAAAGACGCCUCCCCCACCUCCCUCCCCCACCCCACCACCCCCCCCGGCCUCCUCUCCGCCCUCCUCCACCCCUCCCCCCCACCAUACACAAUCGGCACAGACAUCUGCCACAUCCCUCGCAUCCACCGCAUCCUCGUGAGCCAGCUAGCCGAACCAGGCUACGUCGAGGGCGCCAUGCCGCGCUUCUGGACGCGCACCCUCUCCCCCCUCGAGGCGCGGUAUAGUGGCUGGAAAGCCGCGGGCGGGGUGGAUGGGAGCGCGAAGUUUUUGGCGGGGAGGUGGGCCGCGAAGGAGGCGGUUAUUAAGGCGGUUGCGGCGGCGUGGCCGGGGGGGGGGAAGGUCUUUAUGCAUGAUAUUGUUAUCUUGAAUGCGAAGACCCAGUUGGCGCUCUUGGAGGCGAGGAAGGCGGCGGUGAGGAUUGAGGCUAGGGAGGCAGGGGUGCGGGAGGAGGAGGAGGUGCCGGGGGGGGAGGGAGAGGGUGCGGGUGCGGUGGUGGGGGAGGCGCCGAGGGCGUUUGUGAAGCUCCCGGGGGCGGAGGGGUGGUGGGUGGAGGUUAGUGUGAGUAUUUCUCAUGAUGGGGAGUAUGCGACUGCGACGGCGUUGGUGGCGGUGGAUCCGAAGAUUGCGGGGGUUAGGAGGGAGAAGAGUUUGGUGAGGGAGGUGGUGGCGAAGACGUAUACGGAUGAGAGGUAUUUGUGAAUAUUUACGAGCGACAUGUGAUGUCGGCAAGGUGAAGGAUAAUGGGGCGGGUGUAUAUAUGGAGGGGGAG